CAGACCUUCUUAUUUUAUAGAUAUAUAUAUAGAGAGAUAAUAAGAAAGAUUAUAUCAGUAUUUUUGUUGCUCGAUCUAAGUUAAAUCUGUAUUAAUGGAACAACAGAUGCCAUGUUUUUCCUCUGUCUCGGCUAUAGAAUUAUCCUCUCAAAGGAGCCAGACAGGGCGAUGGCGGCAGCAACCACAGAGGAAGGUGAAGGAAAAGGAGGGAAAGAAGAGAAGAUUGAGCGAGGCACAAGUGAAACUUUUGGAGACGAGCUUUCAGGAUGAGAGGAAGCUGGAGUCUAGCCGAAAGGCCUUCCUCGCUUCUAAACUCGGCAUGGAGGCCAAGCAAGUCGCCAUUUGGUUCCAAAACCGACGAGCCCGGGGCAAGACCGAGCAAGUGGAGGCAACCCACAAUGAGCUCAAGACAGCCCACAGUGCCCUCAUCGUCGAGAAUUGCCAACUUGAAGCUCAGGUGUUGGAACUGAGAGAGAAACUUUGCAAAGUGAAAGAGGAGAUUAGGAAGCUAUCAUCGUUAGGCAUCAAUGGAGGAGCUUCCGGCCGCAACAACAUCGAGAAAAGCUACGGCAGCACAAGCUCAUCCUUCUCGGUCGGAGAUUCGGGGGUGGAAGUAGAAGCCAACAUGAUAUACAUGCAUAACGAGUGCAACAAUUUGUACUGUUUUUAAGGUUUUAAGGAUUUAUCAUUGUUUAUUACAUCAUUUGAGUUAUCAUUGUAAAUUGAGGUUUUAAUUUCUACUAAAUUAUU